UGACUAGGUUGACGCCUUGUUGAUUUGGAAGUGUACCCAUCGGUGUAGAACAGGACGUUCUACCAUCUGCUCAAUACCUGUACAGUUUGUGGUUCUAUUAGAAAAAGGGUCUAGGAUGUCUCAGAAGAUAAAGGCCGGGUCGGUGGUGGAGAUGCAGGGGGAUGAGAUGACCCGUGUCAUCUGGGAGCUAAUUAAGGAGAAACUAAUCUUCCCCUACUUGGAGAUGGACCUGCACAGCUUCGACCUGGGCAUGGAGAACCGCGACGCCACGGACGACAGGGUGACGGUGGAGGCGGCGGAGGCGACGCGGCGCUACAACGUCGGCAUCAAGUGCGCCACCAUCACGCCGGACGAGAAGCGGGUGGAGGAGUUCAAGCUGAAGCAGAUGUGGCGUUCGCCCAACGGGACCAUCCGAAACAUCCUGGGGGGCACGGUGUUCCGGGAGGCCAUCAUCUGUAAGAACAUCCCACGCCUGGUCCCCGGCUGGAUCAAACCCAUCAUCAUCGGCAGGCAUGCCCACGGAGAUCAGUACAAGGCCACAGACUUUGUUGUACCUGGACCAGGCCGACUGGAGAUGAAGUUCACACCCAAGACGGGGGAGCCAGUGAACUUUGUCGUCCACGACUUUGAAGGUUCUGGUGGAGUGGCUCUGGGUAUGUACAAUACAGACAGCUCCAUUAGAGACUUUGCCCACAGCUCCUUCCAGAUGGGCCUGGUUAAAGGAUGCCCCCUCUACCUCAGCACCAAGAACACCAUCCUCAAGAAGUACGACGGGCGCUUCAAAGACAUCUUCCAGGAGAUUUACGAGAAGGAGUACCGCUCUAAGUUUGAGGAGAAGGAAAUCUGGUAUGAGCAUCGACUGAUCGAUGACAUGGUGGCCCAGGUCAUGAAGUCUGAUGGAGGAUUCAUCUGGGCCUGCAAGAACUACGAUGGAGAUGUCCAGUCUGACUCAGUAGCCCAAGGUUAUGGGUCCCUGGGGAUGAUGACCAGUGUGCUCAUCUGUCCUGACGGCCGUACGGUGGAGUCGGAGGCUGCCCACGGCACCGUGACACGCCACUAUAGACAGCACCAGCAGGGCAAGGAGACAUCCACCAACCCCAUUGCGUCAAUAUUUGCGUGGACCCGGGGGCUGCUGCACCGAGCCAAGCUGGAUGACAACACAGAGCUGCGCGUGUUCGCUGAGGCCCUGGAGGCCGUCUGCAUCGAGACCAUCGAGGCCGGCUUCAUGACCAAGGAUCUGGCUAUCUGCAUCAAAGGGAUGGCAGGUACUAAACGAUCAGACUACCUCAACACCUUCGAGUUCCUGGAUAAACUGGCGGACAACCUGAAGAUCAAGAUGUCCAACCAACCCAAACUGUGAUGUCCUUACUGAUGCUAAACACACACUAGUGGUGCCUGGGACUACCGGCCCCCAGUCAACCCUGUAUCACUGACUCGGGGACUGGCGUACCUGGUCCAUUUAACCCAGAACCCAACCAGAGCUUCUGAAAGACCUAGGACCCCUCUGGACUGAGUCAUUCCCACCAGUUCUGCUGAAGGAGGUGCCUUGUCUCCAAGCUUCAGAUCUAGGCUGAGCUGAGACCCUUUUCCAUUGAUCCCUCACCACUACAGUAAAGCCAUACCUCAUGGUAACACAGAGCCAGUCUAAACUCCUAAUUCAUAACUCUGUGAUUCAACAAACCCAGAGUUCAGCACAUUUCCAAGUUUUCAUGUUUCAAUUAAAGAUGAAAUUUGGGCAUGGCAUUUUGGCAAACCCUUUUUUUUUUCUGUGUCUUUUUAUUUUAUUUAAAUGUAUUUGACAUUUUAUAUCAACUCAUAGGAUAGCCUAAUGACUGUAAAGGUUUUACAGUUAUUUUAAAAGCCUUUGUUUUUAUUGAUCUAUUCUAGCAUUAAUAAUGUAGUCACUACAUGUCACACAUCAUCAGAGACACAAAUCUAAAUAGAAAUGUAUGUUUUGCAGUAUAAUGGACUUGCAUAGGUUUUCUUAUUAAAUAACUGCUAAAGGGGUGAAAUAAUGGAAUUGUUUAGCCAUUUUAACAGUUUUACAGUUAUUAAGCAUUUACAUCUGCAAUUCCAGGAUGACCUGGUUAGGAUUCCACACUGUCAUUUUAUGUCAAUGUUGUCAGGUUUAUCAGGGAUUAUUUUCCAAGAAAGAAUCCGUGAUAUAGUUUUGUUAAUUGCACAAGGUUCCCUAUUCUGUGUGUGUGUGUGUGUGUGUGUGUGUGUGUGUGUGUGUGUGUGUGUGUGUGUGUGUGUGUGUGUGUGUGUGUGUGUGUGUGUGGUCAGUAAGCAGUGAUGGAGGACAGUCCUACCUGAGGUUGUCUGAGGGUCAUCUGACAUUGGCUGCCUUUGAUUGUUUUUAUGUCUGUAAGAACUAAUAUAUUCUGUGACAACUACUAAGUAGGAAAAAACCUGCUUGUGUUGACAGUGUAUUCUGUUCCCACUCACUAUAUCAUUGUUUGUGGAAGGGAUUGUUGUAAGCCACCCGGUUUUCUUUGUGUGCGUGUGUUUAAUCAAUAGCUUAAAACCUAGACCCGGAAAUACAGAAACCAGAGUCAAUGUACUUUCAUCUGCCAGUAAUCCUACAAAAUAUGGGCGUUAAGGUUUGUACUCAAUGGUCUGUGUGAUCACAAUAUCAACUCCAUAAAUGGUUUUUUGAGAGCUGUGGUUUUAUGCUUUGUGUAUCUUGUCUAUGUGAUCCCUCAUCUGCAGUUUUUGUUUGUAAUGCUUCCACUCUAGUUUGUGGAAAUAUGUUUUUCCUCUUAAGAUUUGCCAAUAGAUGGUGCCAUUGCAAUCUGUGUCAUUCACUCGAUUAAUUGUCACAAUGAUGAUGUUGAUAUACAUUAUAUAGUCCACUGUGGUAACUGAUAAAAGAAUAAAAGUCCUUUGGUCUGUA